UGGAUUGUGAAUGUAAGCCUUCGAUAACCUCAUCAAUGCUAUCGGCAUUACUGUCUUCAGGAUAGAUAAACAGCUCUCAAAUCAUCUUCAAGGGAUGCACCAUGACAUCAGCAGUGAUAGACACUGGAGGCCCUGGCCUGGAGUUUGACAGCAAUGGAAUAAAAAAUCAAGAGGAAAAUGAGCCAGUCUCUGAAUUCCCUGCAGUGAUUGUGGAACCAGUUCCUAGUGCCAGACUAGAACAGGGAUACGCUGCUCAGGUCCUGGUUUAUGAUGAUGAGACUUACCUGAUGCAAGAUGUAGCAGAGGAACAAGAAAUUGAGACUGAAACUGUGGAAACAGUGGAGGCAUCAGUUCAUGGAAGCAAUGUGCACUGCACAGAUAAAACAAUUGAAGCUGCAGAGGCCUUGCUUCAUAUGGAGUCUCCUACCUGCCUGAGAGAUGCCAGGAGUCCUGUGGAAGUUUUUGUCCCUCCUUGUGUGUCAACCCCAGAAUUCAUCCAUGCAGCCAUGAGACCUGAUGUGAUCACAGAAACUGUGGUGGAGGUGUCAACUGAGGAGUCUGAACCAAUGGAUGCAUCUCCUGUACCAGCUUCCCCUGACAUCCAUGAACCAAUGAAGAAGAAAAAAGCUGGCCGUAAACCGAAGACGCAACAAUCAGGUCUAUCUGAUGGCUCUCCAGAUCUAGGUAUAAAGAAGAAACCUAGAGAAGGCAAAGGAAAUACAACGUAUCUGUGGGAGUUCCUUCUGGACCUUCUCCAGGACAAAAACACUUGUCCUCGAUAUAUUAAAUGGACUCAGCGAGAGAAGGGAAUCUUCAAACUUGUGGACUCGAAAGCUGUCUCCAAACUGUGGGGAAAACACAAAAACAAACCUGACAUGAACUAUGAGACUAUGGGACGAGCUCUGAGAUACUACUAUCAAAGAGGAAUCCUUGCAAAAGUUGAGGGACAGAGGCUUGUAUAUCAGUUUAAGGAGAUGCCAAAAAACAUAGUUGUCAUAGAUGAUGACAAAAGUGAGUCCUGCAAUGAAGACUUGUCAAUGCCUACAGAUGAAAAGUCAUUGGAAAGAGUGUCUUUAUCUGCAGAAAACCUUUUAAAAGCAGCAACCUCUGCACGUGGAGGAAAAAACUCCUCUCAGUUAAGCUGUACUAGAUCAGAAAAAGCAGUCACCAGAGUUGUGAACAUUGCCUCACCAGCACAUGACACAUCAUCAUCUCGUCCCUCAACUACCACUACUACUGUCCCAGCAACGACAGCUCCCAGGACUGUACGUGUGGCAAUGCAAGUGCCUGUUGUGAUGACCUCUCUGGGACAGAAAAUCUCAACUGUGGCAGUGCAGUCAGUGAACGCAGGGUCACCGCUAAUAACCAACACGAGUCCCACGACAGCCACAACUCCAAAGGUAGUAAUCCAGACAAUCCCUACUGUCAUGCCAACCUCUGCUGAGAACGGAGACAAAAUCACCAUGCAGCCUGCCAAAAUCAUUACCAUCCCUGCCACCCAGCUCACGCAGUGUCAGUUACAGACAAAAACAGGCCUGUCUGGGUCAGGAGGUAUUAACAUCGUGGGAACCCCGCUGGCUGUCAGAGCACUAACCCCAGUCUCUAUAGCUCAUGGGACACCAGUAAUGAGACUAUCAGUGCCUGCCCAGCAGGCAUCUGGCCAGACUCCUCCCAGGGUGAUCAGUGCGGUUAUAAAAAGCCCAGAAGUUAAAUCAGACACGGCGGCUUUAAAACAGGAGCGCGAAGUGAAAACCCUGCAGCUGGUCAAAGACGAGAAGCCGGCAGAUGGAGGCAAGACUGUGACCCACGUAGUAGUAGUUAGCACCCCCUCAGCUAUUGCCCUGCCUGUAACAAUAAAAACAGAAGGAAUCAUCACGUGUGAGAAGUGAAGAACAGGUUGCUUCAGCAUAGACUUCUAGACUGUUACGGUUUUGAACAUACUGACACAAUCGGGGAGGGAAGUGGAUGAUCGCCCCAGUCGAAAAAGGAGCCUUUGGAAAUGUUAACAAACCUGCAUUUUGUUGAAGACUUACUGGAAACAAACAAACAAAAUCUUACCUUCCCGUGUUUCAGUGGGAAUUGAACCACAUUGAUAUGCUGACAAAAACUGCCUCUUCCAGUUGGGAAACAGCUGAACCUGUGGAGAAGGAAAGAUAGAGGGAACUGGAAAGGGACCAAACAGUUCACUACGCUACCAAGUUACACUAAGACCUGGAACACUAAAAGAGUGGUGUGAGAGGUUUGCCUUGGUCGUUAGGUUUCAGUGGGAGAGGAAGGUCUCAUUGUUACAGAUGGCAAAUUUGAUGCAUUUUAGAUGCAUACCAGCAAUUACUACUGUGUGCCCACAGUACUCAACUGGUGCUAUGUGAAAAACUCUGCUAUUAGGUAUUGUAGAAUGUGAAAUAAAGGAGAAGAUUAAAGAGCUUCUAAAAGAAGACAGAGACCUAGAGGGAUUUUUUUUUUUUUUUAUCAUACAGCUUCAGCAGAUUCAAAAUGAAAAAGCCUUAGACUGAUUUUCAGUUAUCUUUCUUGAAAUAAGCUAAUGGCUUGUUUGUGUAAAGCUUUUUUAUUAAAAACAAAUUUUUUAAAAAACCUUGUACCUAGCACAGUAUUGUUAUAGAAUUCCAUGUAACAUAUUUUGUAUGGUAGUUAAAAUUCUGUCUAAAAUUUCUUAAUUGUGGACAAAAUAGCAGCAGGCUUUCUGCCUUCUGCUGUAACAUGCCUGUGGCUCUCACUUAGCCUUGACAUCCCUGCAUACAUUUCAGUUUCAGCUCUACUCUGUCACUCAAAAAGGUCACGCCUAGCAUGAGCUUUUGUCAGGUAGUUCUAAACCUGUAAAAUUAUUUUUUUUAAUUUUUUUUUUUUUAGUUGAAGUUAAGAGGGAAG